AUGGAUCGUCCACCACCCACCCACCACGCAAUCCUGGUAGGGGUCAACUGGUAUCAAACUCAGUCAUUGCGUGGGGCGGUCCCCGAUGUCUUGGAGAUCCAAGCCUUCUUUGCCGAAUUAAUCCCAUCAGUCCAACUGCAUACAUUUACAGCAACGAAAAGAGAUGAUUACCCUGGCCCUAUCGAGGAGAAGCAGCAAUGGCCGACCACUGGGAAUGUUCACUAUGCAUUGAGUGGAGUCACCAAAAAUUCAAAGUCUGGUGACUUUGUAUAUAUUCAUUUUUCCUGUCACGGGACGACGGUUCAAGACGAGGACAGUCCGAAUGGGCGUGCUCUAGCUCUAGUUCUUCUCAACAGUCGCGGAGAGGAGGCGUAUUUCUGGGGAAAGGUGCUGUCAGGGCACAUACAUAACAUGGUGGAAAAAGGCCUCAAAGUCACUCUUGUCCUUGACUGUUGUUUCUCGGGAAGUGUCACUCGCGAAGGGAUGAUCCGGCGCAUUAAAGCCGAUCUUGACAUCGCGAGAGCCAGCGGGUUUUAUGAUGAGCCCCCCCUACCUGAACGGGCACUCGCAGCAAGCAGCAUGCGCGAUGUGGACAUGAUGUUUGACUUCAAGAUCAGAGAUACAUCCCAGUACGCCCUCCUGGUGGCCACUGGCCCAGACCAGGAGGCCGCAGAGGUCCAACUGCCCGGGACUGAUAAAUACAACGGGCAGCUUUCACGCCUUCUACUGGAUACAUUAAAGACUCGAUCAGACCUGGAGCGUAGCAUCCACAAUAUUUAUUCACGGGUGUGCUUCGGAUUCGAACACAACCGAUUGAAACAGCAUCCCAUUCUCUACGGGAACGAGCUUCUGCCAUUUUUCGGAGGGUAUAUUGAACGUACCCGCUCGGCACCGUCACCAUACCAUCCUGCUUACUUUGAAGUAAAGUGGGAAGAAGGGGGCAGACUAUUGCUUCAAGCUGGAAAAGCUCAAGGCAUUAGUGACGGCGAUGAGUUUGAACUCUAUGCUUCCACUUCGGCAACGGACGGAACUCGGCCAGAUUCCAUCAUAGCACAUGUUUCAAAGGCAACAGCCUUCAGAUCAGUCUUGGAAAUGGUCGACGCGACUGUGGAAAACUUACGGGGCCGGUCAUGGAAAGCAAUCAUCCGCUCCCAAGCUGCUCUUCGGAAAUAUCCUAUCAAAAUCUCUCCCGCUGUCCCCGGCGGCGAUUCAUGGCUGGACGAACUUCGAAAGCGCUCUCUAAAUGCGUUCGUGAGUUCAGGACAUAUUGAAUCUCGUGCUUUCCUCCUCUCUGUGGACCUUGAAGAUGGUUUCUUUGUUUUUCGGAGUUCGGACGGGCAGAAAGUGCCCCAUAUUCCCGCUCUGGAUAGCUCGCAACCCAACAUCCGCGAGAUGAGCGAUUUGCUAGAGCACCUUGUCCGAUUCCAUCAUGUCAAAGAUUUGAAAAACACCGAAGAUUCUGGGACCUUCGAGAACUCUUUUCAAGUUGAGGUGUUUGUCAACAUUGACAGACCUGACAAUGCAACUAGCAUAGAAGGUGGCAAGAGGAAAGCUGACACAUCUCAAGUCAUCUCCAUCGGACACAACAAGAAGGCAGAGAUCAUCAUUCGCAACGAAGCCCCGCACGACCUAUACGUCUCUGUCUACAACCUCUCACCUCAGUGGGGCGUGGUAAAUGCCUUGAGCGAGACGUUCACCAAGAUUGCAACUAAGAAUGGUCCGGGAUACCCUAAAAUGAUACGAAAGUUUUUCAAAAUGAGGGUCCCUGAGGGUAUGCUGAAGAACGGAGACACUUCAUGCAAAGAUAUUCUGAAAAUCUUUGUCACGUCUCACCCUUCGUGGAUGUACAACCUUCAACUUCCGAAGUUAAAUGCGUACCAUGGAUUCGGGGAGAGCUCUCCUCGGCGGUCAGAUCCAAUCGCAAUUGAGGAGAACUGGACAGUCAUGAGCUUGGAUUUUCAUACGGCACUGUGA